CCAGGUCGCACGCAACGCCCGCCCGCCCGCCCGCGACUCUCUUUACUGCGCGCUGUCAGUUACGCGCCCGCGAGCGGUCGGCUUCUACACGCGUUGUGAGUGGUUGGCUUCUACGAACGCUGCGAGUAGUUGGUUUUCACGCGCGCUGCUUAAAUAAACAGUUUAGAAAAAACAUUAAAUUAAAAAACCUCCCAUGCCAUAAACGCUUAUUUAGCUAAAAUAAGCUGGAUUUAUCACCAGAGCUGGCGACUGUGGGGGGGAUUACUGUGUACUGAACUGUGAGGGGUCACUGUACUGGACUGUGAGGUGGGGGGUUAUUGUGUAUUGGACUGUGAGGGGGUCACCGUACAUUUGAUUGUCAAGGAAGCUGGCAGCUGACGAUGGUGGAGCCAUGAACCAGGAGCCACAAUCACCGUUGCUACAGACAGUGUGCCACGCUAGUCUGCUGACCUUGGUCACUCUGAUGGCCGACCACGUGGAACAGCUUGACCAGGUGGGUCAACUCUCCCGUCUAGGCUUCAAGAAGGCCACCCACGAGUCUCUCAAGCUGCCGCAGACGAGAUAUGACGACCGGCUCCAUCUGAGGAACAAUGCUGAGACAUUCAACGGCGAUGCGGUCGAAGCUGAGAAACUCCUGCGGGAUUCUUCAGACUUGUUGAGUGCGUCGGAAAAGUCUGAAGUCUUGUUUGGUGAAGGAGACACACGCGAGCUUCCCGAUCUCGUUCUGCCUUGCGCUCCGAUCUACAGGUUCGACGAGGAAGGGGAGAUUUUUCAGCAAGUUAAUACAAUGACGCCCAGCAGUAGUGAAGAUUGCGGGUACCACAGUGGUCCCUCUGAGGUGCACUACGACGAUGCCCCUGUGUGUAACGACCACAGUAAUGACCCUCUGACUCUAUCUGUCACUCCCGACACGGAACUCGUCGACUCCUGGCCUGGUAUAGAUCGACUGUGCGUCGUCAGUGUCGACAGUGGCGCCUCGAACUCAUCCCCGUUCAUCACCUCGGCAGCGGAACUCCAGUCCUUCCCUAACAUCGACGACACACCCACCGACAUCAUCCUAAUGAACCAAUCUAGCACUUUAAACGAGGACGAGACACAAGUUAACGCCAAGGUUAUUCCGGAUAUUAACGUGAUCGCUGAGACAGAAAUGAUGGCGGAGACGAUUCCCAAGAUCGACUUCCACGCCGCGUCCAUUGAGCUCGUAGACGACUACCUCGAAGAUCACUGUCCAGAGAACCAGCUGAGGGACCUCUCCACCACCGUCCUUGGAGACACAGCAAGUUGGCAGGGCUCUCGCUCCACCUCCUCCAGGAAUUACGUGCAGGGACUCCUGAACGCCAGCCCGCAGGAGGUCUCCUACAGGAGGCAGCGAGUGCCUUUCCACACGGUGGUCUUCACGGAAAGGAAACCUUCCACCGGCGACGCCCUGGUCCUCAGUCUUGGCCUCUCAGCCCACGGCGCCAACACCAUUCAAGACAUCGCCUCCAGGAACCAGGGAGCAGCCAGGGAGCGCCUACAGCAGCAGGGAGAGAUGCUACCGUCGGAAAAUAGACUGACGAGACAGUGCGAGUCUUGUGGAGUCUCCCCUGAAGACUGCCUCAAGAAGCUGGGUCUUCACUCUGACCAUGUCGGAUCGCUGACUCCCUCCCCAAAGAGUGAACGCCUCUUGCAGUUCUUCAGAAACAUCCAGCCAGUGGUUCCACGCCCACUCCACGCCCACACGCCUUGUGGCUCCGACCCUCAGCUCGAUCAAACGCAGCAGCAGCCAGCUACGAGGUGCCAGAGUCGAAGUCUGACAAGCUCUCCCGCGCACUCGAGCGGGGACGGUAGGAAGCCUCGCCUCAACACCUUCUGAGAUUAAGCCAUAUCCUCGUCAGAUUGUCCCUAACAGUGAGGACUCUUUAAGUCUUGUGCUGUAGCCACGACUUUUUGUACAUUGUGCUACCUGGGUACUGUAUGUGGGGCAGCAUUUUUCACUCCUGGAAGUGGACCCCUUAGCAUCGAAAUCACCAGAAGGUUCCUGCCCCCUUGGAACCGAGUACACCAGAUGGUUACUGACCCGUUAUGAUCGAAGUCACCUGAGGGUUUCGGACUCCCUUAGGAUCGAAGUCGCCAAAUAUUUUCUAAUCCCUUAUGAUCGAGGUCACUAAAGGGUUUCUAACCCCUUACGAUUAAAGACACAAGUGGGGUUUCUCAAAACAUACUCUUGUCACUUCAAGCAACGUAUUCACAGAGGUGUGUAGGUGCCAACCUCAAGCGCAAACCCACAAGAAACCUUUGAAGCUAAAGAUCUAUCAAAAUGCGUUGUCGCGCAAAAGAAUCACGAUGUCCAGCAAAGUGAUUCUGGAGAACCGUUUAAAAGUUUAGCGGAGAACCACUAAACUUCGUGGAACAUGAAGGCGAGAGAGAGAGAGAGAGAAUGAAUCUUCGCUCGGCACCCAUGUAAGUGCCUUGGAUGGUCUCUCUUUAGAUAAGGAGAGACAAUAAAACAGUUAAACUUAGACAAAAGGAAACCUCUUCUAAAAGCUCGAUAAAGCUUAGUGUAAAUAGGAAAAAAUGGUGGGAAACGUACCCAUGUGUACCAUCUUUUGUAUUGUUGGUGCACCGACACGAGAGCUUUACUAUAGAACACGAGAGCUUUAUAGUGUGACACGGGAGCUUUAUAGUGUGACAUGAGAGCUUUACAGUGUAACACCAAGCUUUACCAUGUGGCAAGAGAGCUUUACAGUGUGACACGAGACCUUUUCAGUUGACAUGAGAGCUUUAUAAUGUGACACCAGAGUUUUAUGUAUUGUUACUAAUAGUACUCAAAUAGAACCAAAGAAUUAUCAAAAUAUUUUGAUACACGUAAAUGACAUUAGCUAAGUGUUCAUAUAUAUAUUAUUAUAUUUAUAAUAUAUAUUUACAAUGUAUAUUUACGAGUCCCCCCACCUCCACCCUCCUCGUAUAACUUGAAUGUUUUCUGUGACGUACAUAGACACUUUAGCUUUUGAAAUAGAUGUUAUCUUCCCUCACAAACAUAAUCAAUAUAUUUAUAUAUGGCUAGUAUAGCAUUAUAUACAUGAAACUAUAUUGCUAAACGCUGGCUUGAUAUCCUGACGCUUGUGUAUCCUCAAGAGCGGAAAUCAUUGGUGUACUUGUAGCCUAGUUAGCCUUUAUGAUUUCCAAUAUCAUUAUGCUUGCCUUUUGUGACUGUUGCUAGUUGUUAAGGCUGAUUGAGUGACGUCGCUCGUGCUAGGAUAAAACAGAGAGCGAGAAGAAUUAAAGGUAAUUACAUUAGCAUGUGUGUUUAAUCUAUACAAUAAACAUAUAUUAUUUCCAAGGUUUGUAUGGGUGUGUUUGACCAAGGCUGCAAUUUGUGGAAACACAAGUGUGAUGUUAGGCUGUAUCCUGUAAUCAAUACAGUAGUGACAAGAAUACAAGCGUGUUGCUACGCUGUAUCCUGUAAUCAAUACAGUAGUGACAAGAAUACAAGCGUGUUGCUACGCUGUAUCCUGUAAUCAAUAAAACAGUGACAAGAACUUUUA